AUGUCCUCGCUACUACGCUGUACGCUGUUCAACCCCUUCGUAAUCGCCUUGCCAUUUGUGCCAAAGCUAUUCCAGAACGCACUUCCUAUAUCCCCAAACCAAUGGCCGUUUUACUCAGCAGGCCUAAAGGUUCUACAACCAUUUGCCAUCGUUGUCACAGUUGCUAGACUGCUAGGCGCAAUCAACCAGUGGCUGUCAAAAAAGGCCACCAACAAUUUCGUCGAGGACCCGACAUGGGACUGGCCCAACGAGCUUGCUGUCGUGACGGGAGGGUCCAGUGGUAUUGGCGCUGAAAUUGUACGGGGACUUGUCAUGCACAAGGUCAAAACAAUCAUCCUGGAUAUCAACCCACCAGCUUCAAAGCCAGUAAACCUAACUUCAUCCUCUGAGGCCUGCGACGCCGCAACCAUCAUCAAAAGCACCCACGGCAACCCCACCAUCCUAAUUAACAACGCCGGCACCGGCACCGCGCAGACGAUCCUCAGCGAAUCCGAGUCCGAGCGCCGCCGCGUCUUCGAAGUCAACUCACUCUGCCACUUCACACUCGUGCGCGAAUUCCUUCCCGCAAUGAUUGAGCGGAAUCACGGGCACGUUAUGACGGUCGCCAGCACGGGGAGCUUCUACUCGCAGUCGCAGAAUGUGUCGUAUGCGAGUUCCAAGGCGUCGGCUAUGGCGUUCCAUGAGGGGCUGGGCCAGGAACUCCGGUCCCGGUACAAUGCGAGGAGGGUUCGCACAUCAAUCGUUUACCCCGAUUUCGUACGCACGCCCCUCGUUGAGGCCCUAACUAGCAAGGUGUCCCAGUUCCCCCUGAAAAUUGCUGAGCCCAGUGAGAUUGCGGAUGAGGCCGUUGCUGCCAUUUUAUCGACAUAUGGACAUAGCAUUGUGCUGCCGAGAUCGAUGGAGUAUCUGGCUCUGCUGAGAGGUCUGCCGCUGUGGAUUCAGAGAAUCGUUCAGGCUUACGAUCCGGAUCCGUUGGCGCUUGUAAACCAGUAAAGCUUGUUUGGGUAGAUGCAUGGAGUGUAAGGCCCCGUGGACUACGAUCCGUUUUAUGGGCUUUCAGAUGUACCAAAUUAGUGCUGCACAAGAUAGCUUUGACCUUCGGAGAAAAUACUGCCUAGGGUACUGGAUGCUCUCCAAAAAAGAAAAAUUGAAAGACAGAGAUAGAUGAAAUAGACUUCUAGACAUAUGAGCCUGUUUCACUGAAAAGAGAAUGGACGAUAAUCGGAAAGAAGGCCCCUGGCUUUUCCUU